CUGCAGAUGUGGUUAAUCACUACUACAAAACUGCGAACUCUGGUUGAACAGGGCUAGUUUCCGGUGUGAAUUUAAAGUUUCUGUCUGUGAAUAUGGUGACAAGCAGCAUGUUAGUGAGUGUCUUCUUUGUUUCAGGUGUUUGGGCUGCUUGUCCUAAACAGGUAGCCUUCUUCGUUACUGCACCACAGAACAUGGAAGCAUUGAGUGGAUCUUGUUUGCAAAUCCCAUGUAACUUUAGAGCUAAAUCAGAAGAGUUUGACAGCAGAAGAGAAACCGUCGGAGUGUGGAUUAAAAGUGACUCCAGGUUUGGCAUCAAUUCAAACAAUGUGAUUUUCAACAGUAGCAGGACAGUUAACAUCUAUCCAAUGAGGAUUACUGGAAACCUGAGUCAGAAAAACUGCACCACUCUGUUUUCCAGUUUACUCACAAGUUAUACAGAAACAUACUUCUUCAGAAUUGAGAACAAACCAUUCAUGGCAACAGCAUCUUGUCAUCCUCUUCAAAUAACAGUUAAAGAUUCUCCUCCGAGCCCCAGAAUUGAGAUCCCAGCUGAUCUGAAGGAGAAGCAGUCUGUCACUAUAACCUGCUCAGCUUCCACUCCCUGUCCACACUCCCCUCCUAAACUCACCUGGAACCUCCAACAAGACUCUCACAGCAACACAGAGGAAAACACAGAUCAAACCUUUACAACUAAAAUCCAGGAGACCAUCACUCUGUCAGACCAACAUGAUGGCUACAACAUCACCUGUUCUGCCAGAUAUCCUGUGAAUGAAGGAAAAGAUGUCAGGACAGCAGAGGAGAGAAAGACUCUCAGUGUUUCAUAUGCUCCUAGAGACACCUCAGUGUCCAUCAGUCCAUCAGGUUUGGUGUCAGCAGGUAGCUGGGUGAACCUGACCUGCUCCAGCAGAGCCAAGCCUCCCGUCAGCCGCUUCACCUGGUUCAAGAACAACAAAGAUGGACCCAAGAACGUAUCUGAAGGAGAGGUUUACAGCUUCAAGGUGACCAAUGUCACUGAUGGAGGAGUUUAUUACUGUGUGGCCACUAAUGAUCUCGGUAAUGAAACAUCAGAGAUCCAUCUGACAAUUGAAGGAGCAAAACAGCCUGGUAGCUCUUUACCAUGGGGGGCAGUUGUUGGAGGGAUCGUUGGGGUCAUUGUACUCAUCUGUGUGGUUGUAGCCGUUUGGCGGUUAAAGUCAAAACAUCCAACUUCACAACUGACACAGAGCCCAACAGCUGAAGAACCAGCCAGAGGAACAGAAAAUGAAGACAUUCAUUAUGGAGAGAUCGACUUCUCCAAGCUGAGACCUGAUCCGUCCUCUGACUCAGCGCAGGACAGAGGACAGCAGCAGGAUACUCUGUAUGCACAGGUCAAAGUGUCCCAGCCAGCAAACAGCUUAACACAGACUGCUGACGGCCCAGAGGAUCUUUACGCUCAAGUGAAGAAAAAAUGAAUGUAUAGAUGGACGUGUAUUUUAUUUAACAAAUAUGGUUGUAUUAUCAUUAUUGUUACAAGGAAAUGUAUGUGUGGCGUCUAGUAUGUUUUUUAUUAGUAUGUAGCCUAUGGUUUAUAGAUCUCAAAAUUCCUUUUAACCAUACAGCUGAUUUUCUCAGGUAAAAUGCAUCAUAUCAAUUUAUCAUACGUGGAUUUGAGUUUUAAUUGCAGCUAAACAAAAUAUGAAGGGUAGUCAUUUAUAAAAUGCUUGGAAUGCAAAAAACAAAAUGUUUAACCCAAUUUUGCCCAUUGUUUAUAAACAUGACAAAAACUAUACACCCAAGAAAGUCUUUAAAAAGUAAAGAUGCUGUAAAAAAAAUAAUUUUCAGGGUCAUAUAGUAUGUAGGUCUACUACUAGAAGAAAAAAAAAAAAAAACCGUUCACUGCUUCAGCACCACUUUACACUAGGACUGGACAGUUAAUUUAAUUACAGAUCAAAAAAGUCAAACAUUUUAUCAUUAAACUGUUUGCUACAACAAACAAAUGACAA